AUGUGUGACAGAACAGAAACCAAGAAGCGAAAUGGCAGAAAUAUGCAAGCCCGUGACCAGGAGAGCAGAAACAGGGAUGAGAGACAGAGACACAGGCUUGACUGCAUCCUCACGGACAUCCUGGAGCCAAGUCCUUCAGUCCCAGAGCCUGUAGUGACAGGAAAAUUCCUCUUCAGUGACAAAAUGGUCCAGACGGAGGCAGCUGAGGUGGAUGCGACUGCUGGGUUAGAAGUGAGUGCGUCGGGGAAGGCUCCCCAGUCCUAUGAAUGCUGCCUGGAGGUUCAGUCUGUUACCAUCUCACCAUGCGACUGGGAAGACCUCCAGAAGAGGAAAGUGUUGGAUCAAGAGCCGCCAUUUCUGAAGGAGUGCCGGACCAGAACGGACAACCUGUAUGUGGUGACAGAGGUUGUGCAACUGAUCAACACAACCGUCUUGCAGGACAGCAGCAGUGUGAAUGGCAUGGGCAAAUUAUCUAUCCCUUGGAAUUUUUAUGUCAAGAGCACAGGAGACGGAUUGGGUCUGAAGGUGAGACAGAGGAUGCUGACUCUGCCCCAGGGCACCGUGAUGGCCUAUAAGAGGAAGCAGCUGGUGUUCCAGGAGAAUGAAAUUCUUUCCAUCUCAGAUGAUGACAAGCAGAAAGCCUUUUCAGAACUUGAGUUCCUCAGCAGGGCAAAAUCUUCUUCUCGCCUCCCAGACUUCCACCCCUCUGCCUGCUACCCCCGGCCCCUUCUCAGCACUAGGACUGCCCACCUUUCUAGCCUAUUAUGA